AUGGCUACGAACGGCGUGAAGCAGGAGAUCCUCCCCGAGGAGGGCAAGAAGAACGUACUCAUCACCUCUGCUCUGCCAUAUGUCAACAACGUGCCUCAUCUGGGCAACAUCAUCGGCUCAGUGCUGAGCGCAGAUGUCUUCUCGCGCUAUAGCAAGGCACGAGGCAAUCCCACCCUAUACAUAUGCGGUACAGACGAGUACGGCACGGCGACAGAGACCAAGGCGAUCGAAGAAGGGGUCACGCCAGAGCAACUAUGCGACAAGUACAACAAGCUGCACAAGGAGGUCUACGACUGGUUCGAGAUCGCAUUCGACCACUUCGGCAGAACACCGACUCAACAGCAGACCGACAUAGCACAAGAUAUCUUCACAAAGCUGCACAAGAAUGGAUACUUGGAAGAGCGGACUACAACUCAGCCAUACUGCACAAAGCACGACGGCUUCUUGGCGGACAGAUUCGUGGAGGGUGAGUGUCCAUUGUGUGGCUACAACGAUGCAAGAGGAGAUCAAUGUGACAAGUGCGGGCAUCUACUCGACCCGCUCGACCUCAAGAACCCACGAUGUAAGCUAGAUGGCGCCACACCAGAAGCACGCGAGACGAAGCAUGCCUUCCUUCUGCUCAACAAGCUGCAAGAUCAAGUCAAUGCCUGGUCCGCCGAGAGCCACAAGAAUGGUGUCUGGAGUGACAACGGCAUUAACAUCACCAACGCUUGGCUCAAGGAAGGUCUCAAGCCCCGAGGUAUCACUCGUGAUCUCAAAUGGGGUACUCCAGUACCACUCCCUGGCUACGACGACAAGGUCAUGUACGUGUGGUUUGAUGCUUGCAUCGGCUAUGUCAGUAUCACUGCGACAUACACUGAGCACUGGGAGAAAUGGUGGCGCAACCCAGAGAACGUCCAGCUUUAUCAGUUCAUGGGCAAAGACAACGUUCCCUUUCACACCGUCGUCUUUCCAUGCUCGCAGCUCGGCACUGGCGACAAAUGGACCAUGCUGAACACCCUCUCGACUACAGAAUAUCUCAACUACGAGCAUGGCAAGUUCAGCAAAUCGCGUAACAUUGGUGUAUUUGGCAAUAGCGCCAAGGCUACCGGUGUAUCUGCCGACAUCUGGCGAUACUUCCUACUUUUGCGCAGACCAGAAACUUCGGACACCGAAUUUGAAUGGGACAGCUUUGUAGCAGCCAACAACAACGAGUUGCUAAACAACUUCGGAAACUUGGUGAAUCGCGUGUUGAAGUUCGUCAACAACCCUGCUACCUACGACAGCAACGUCCCAGCCUGGCCAAAGGACUCAUUACCCUCUGAGAUCAAUGACCAGCUCAAGCAGCAUAUUGCUGAUACUAAUGCGAAAUUGAAGGAGUAUGUGAAGGAGAUGGACGCCGUGCAUCUCAAGGGUGGUCUUGUGACCGCACGCGAAUUCUCCUCGCUAGGGAACGGUCUCCUGCAAGCCAACAAGAUCGACAACAACCUCUUCAAGAACGAGCGCGCUCGCUGCGACGCAGUCGUCAAUCUUGCUGUACAGCACAUUCAUCUUCUCGCCUCCAUCAUCGCGCCAUACAUGCCAGCUACCGCACGCUCCAUUCUCAGCCAAUUGCAGGCAGAGCUCCUCAUCAUCCCUGAUGAGUGGACUGCCGAGUCAAUUCCAGCUGGACACAAGAUUGGCAAAGCGGAGCACUUGUUCAAGAUGAUCAAGCCGGAAAAGGCGCAGGAGUGGAAGGAGAUGUUUGGUGGCGACGAACUAAAGAAGGCCAAGGAGGAAGAAACCAAGAAGAAGGCAGCCCGCAAGGCAGAAAAAGACGCCAAAAAGGCGAAGAAAGCCGCAGAGCGUGCCAAGGCCACUGGCGACCUUGAAGGCAAGAGCGUUGAGGCCGUGGAGAAGGACGGCGCGGAGACGAAUCCUAAGGCUGGUGAUGCUGUGGAGGAAGUCACGGAAGGUGUGAGACAAGCUGCACUGCAGACUUCUUAG